AUGCCAGCACAAGAAGAUACAUGGGCGUUCCAGCCUAUUGGAGCUCCGUUUCCGGACAAUCCAGUGCGAGUACCAGGUCAGCAAAACAUGUAUGUAGCACUAUGGUACAAACACGGAAAACCAAUCCAUGGUCGAGCGUGGAACGACAACGGUGGUGUACAAUGCUCGUUCCCUUUCAAUAAAGUGGAGCUAUGUGGUGCUAAGGAUCUCGGUGGCCUGAUUCAGAUCCUGACGUACAAGGGUGAUUUCAACUCACUUGGUUACUGGUACGAAUGGCUGCCAAUCAAAACUCGACUUGCCGGUGAGUCACACCGCGAACUUGUUCGGUGUGGCCAAUCAACGCCGGUUAUCGUUGCUUGCAAGGAUGGACAGCAACGAAUCGGCUAUUUGGAUCUCAGCACUGAAAUUGCUUUAGUAAGCUAUAACGGCAAGUCAGAAAGUCUUGCUGGUGGGCCAGCUAAUGAGCUGCUUGGAAUAUUUCGCAACCUCCGUCCUCCACCUACCGGUGUAAAGAUAUACGAAGAUCUGUGGGCAGAUUUGAAGUAUGGUGACAACUUCCCCACAAAUGUUGUCCCGGCUGACAACCGUCAGCUGAAGACGGAAACAGGUCCAAUGAAUCAAUAUGUCGCCCUGUGGUAUAAGCACGGAGAACCAGUGUUUGGAAGAGCGUUCCCGAGUCCAGCGGGCAAGCUUAUGGCCACCUUUGGUGCAAACAAUCAAGAGAACUCUGGCCCAGAAAUCGGUUCUAUGCAAAUGCUUACCGUACCUGAAGCAAGCUGUAUGGGUCUCGAAUAUCAGUGGCUACCAAGAUCUCAAGGAUCCUCUGGUGGCUGGACCAUGGUACAUGUGGGAAAUGCAGUACCGGUGAUAGUCGUAGACGACAAGCAGAAUGAAUAUGUUGGCAACCUGAACACGUCGUUAGACAAGGCAUCUAUUGGGUUCGGUGGGAAAGAAAAGGCGAGUUUCGGGCAUUGA